AUCCUUCAGUGGUAUAGAAUCUGCUCUCUCCUCUUUGAAAAACUUCCAGUCCUGUAUCAGCUCUGGAAUGGACACAGCUUCUGGUGUUGCCUUGGAUCUCGUGGAAACUCAGACUGAAGUGAGUAGUGAAUACAGUAUGGACAAGGCAAUGAUUGAAUUGGCCAUGAUGGAUUGGGAACUAAGCCAUUAUGUAAAGGCUGUUCAAUCUGCAAUAAGUCAUGUAAAAGAAGAACGUCCAGAAAAAAUACCAGAUCUAAAAUUAUUAGUGGAGAAGAAAUUUUUGGCUUUACAGAAUAAGAAUUGUGAUGCAGACUUUCAAAAUAAUGCAAAAUUUGUACAGUUUAAACAACAGCUGAAAGAACUAAAGAAGCAAUGCAAGUGUGGAGUCCACCGUGCGGUGCCCCUUUUGAUCUCAGAAAGCUGGAAAAUGAAAAUACUCUCUGAAAAUUAAACUAAGAAAUGCACAUCUACCAGAUUAAAUCCAAGAGAGCCAACGUGAACCUAAGAAACAUGAAGACUCCUUGGACAGUAAGAUUUGACUAUAAUUGAAGGUACUGGCAUCUUAAAAACUCCCAAACAUAUAAAAUCUCCAUCAGAAGAGCAUUUUCUCUGUCCCUAAAACAGAGAAAAGGAAAAGCAAUCAAUUUAAGUGUUGUGAUACCCAACCAAGCACUGUCUGACCAAUAGCACCUGCCAGGUUGAGGCAUGCAUCCAGCCUGCCUGGCAGGUGGAUAACCCUGUUGUGGAAAGCUGCAGAGCCUCAUGCCAUUUUGUGCUGGAAUCCUGUGUAAUUAACUCCACUUGCUCUGCUUCCACGCCCACCAAGCUUCCCUCUGAUAAUUUGUCUUCCCAAGGAGAUAAUGCACUAUCAGGCUGAUGGACAUUCAGUAGCCUGAAUCUUCUGCUGUUCACUGUAAAUAAUAAAGUCGCCUUCUUCUUC